UCGCUGCAAACCUAAGCUAUUUCGGCCGGCUGCACCCCUAUCCUACACUGGAACAUUCCAAAUGUUUCAGCGCGAUUCUGUGAAGAAUUGGGCGCGCACUCCGCGCAGCGUCUAACGGCAAUUGUUGGAUUUCAAAUGCAGGUACAUUUUUUUGCAACCGGAGAGCUUUUGGAAUCGUUGAACUAAUGGAUCAACUGGACGAAGUUACAAUUGCUACACUAAGAGGUAAGAUAUAUUGUUAUCUGUUUCUAUUAACAUAAACGUGUUUAUAUUUAGUUUGUCUAACCUGUAUUCAUUGCUAUGUUGGCUUGUGUACUAAAACCCAUGAAGUUAGCUAGCUAGCUAGCGUGGCUCAAGAUAACCUUAUGCAGGGCUCCAAACUGCGACCACACCGUUUUUGAGCCAGUACUGUACUCACACAUGUACGACCUACACAUUUUUAAUGUAUUGGGUGUGCCCAUCGAGUAAGACAACGAUAUCAGCUAGCCCUCAGCAUUAGACUACUAGUAGUACGUAUAGGAUUUAUGUACACAAGGCUGAAUAAAGUCAGUGAUGAGCUCAGUGUCUUGGCACUAACUGUAUUUUCUAUAGCUGCCAAGAUUGGAGAAGACAUACUGCCUUCCCUUUCUCGAGAGGAAAUCAAGGAUCUGUUUCCUGGUCCUGAGAACUUUCACAGGCGGCGGGCUAUAUGGCUUGUUGUUAAUAAAGAUGAAAAGGUGGAGACUGCUGUGGAACUACCACAGCCAUCAGCGACUGGAGGCAGUGGUCCUUCACAAGAAGAGCCCAACAUUUCUAAGUUUGUGGUUAUGUCCAGCCCAGAAUUCAUUGUUUAUUCAGACAGUGAACUUGAACAAGUGCGACGCUCCUACUUCGAGCAGAAACGGAUGGGGACUGAGAGCGUUGUGGUUUUAUCCAAGGAGCUCUUCUGCCGGCUCAUCAGAAACACUAUGUGUAACAUGAUUUCCAUUGCAAGAGCCACAGAAGAUGCCAGAUACCCCACCAAACCAGAGGUCAAUGCCAUGGCAAAGCGAUUGGUGGAGUAUUAUCCAAUGGUAAAAGACUGGGAGCAUGUUGCCAAAAAGAUGAUAAAGAGGUUAUCAAAUGUAAAAAGCCCAAAGAAGGCCAAUCCUCCUGCAAAGAAACAACGGCGGGAAUGUGGAGAAAUAUCAACUAGUGACUACGACGGGGAUUCGAGUGCUUCUACGGUCAUUCUUCAUCGGUCGCCCAGUCAGAGCCAGUACCCCAGUGCAAGACCUGGAUAGCAGUGAUGAAUGUAUGUAUUCAACUUAAUACAUUUUGUUUACAUGAGUUUUUUUUGUACAGCUAGCCUCAAGUUGUCGUGAUGCAUUUUUGAUUACUGAGAUGUGUGGGAGAGAUUGCUAGAAAUGAUAGGCCAUGGGUAAAUGGCCUUGCAAAAGUAUGAGUCCAGGGAUGUUAGUAUUCUAACAAUGCAAUACUGUGAUAACAAGUUACAGAGAAUGACUGAGUCCCGUUACCUGCUAUGUUCCUCCUACUUAAUUUGGAAACCUAAUGUUGUUUUACACCUCUAACCCCACCCUCUAUUGUUUUUUUUUCCUUCAGGUGGUUCCGGUGACGUCUUGGACAGCCAGAAAACCCAGGCAAGGCACUACAAGACACUCCAAGAGAUAUGCCGGUCCAAGAAGCCAAACAAAGCUUCAGUAACCCAUCUGCUGAACUUGGAGUUUGAGUCGAGAAGACUCUUUAUAUCCUCUGACACUCUCAAGGAGCAAGACCGACCCAGCAAGAUUCUGGAGGCAUAUUCUUGUUUCAAAGACUUGGAUCAUGUCUUAGAUGAGUUGCAAAGGAUACUACAGCCAAACAAUGCCCACUACGUCUCAGAGAUGCAGAAUAGAUGGAAAGACUUCUAUUCAAAGGUCCAAUUUUAUGGGGUGAUGAAGAAAGUGAUUAAACCCCCUAAAACGUUGGAUGGAGGUGAGAUCACUGUAUACCUUGAUUUGUCCAAGUUUAUAUUUUGAGAUCUCAUGAUGAGUGGUUACUCAUACUGCCUUGUGUUGUGCUCUCUGUCGAAAUAGUGGAACAUGCCACUGCUGUGUUCAGAGCCCUGCCACUGCUCUUUCCAUCCAGCACUUUGCCACCUAAGAAGCUAGGCGAAAGCAGCGAGGCUGUUUUCCAUGUCCUUACGGUGAGACAAAGUAUUUCAGUUGUUUCAGUUACUCAUGCUUACCACGCACGCAUGGCUGCUCAAUUAUGGGAGAGAGAAAAAAAAUCAAGAUUAUUCAACACGGUUACCUUUCGAUAUAAUGGAUAGUGUCCAGGGUAUAAUGUUAGUGUCCUUUAUCUCACAGAAAGACUCUUUGGAUAGGAAUAAAAUCAGUUUUGAGUCAGUUCAGCUUUACAGAUAUCACACAUACCAAUACCAGACGGUUAGAAAAUCUGGCUUUUAAUCAGAAGGUUGCUGGUCGAUUCCCGGACGUGCUGUAUGACAUUGUGUCUUUGGGCAAGGCACUUGCCCUGGGGGGAAUGUCCCUGUACUUACUGUAAGUCGCUCUGGAUAAGAGCGUCUGCUUAAUGACUGAAUGUAAAUGUAAGUGAUUCCUUCCGAGUGAACACAGUGAAUCUUGACUGCAGUAGAUCUAAAAGAAAUGCAUACACGUUUUGCUAAUUCAGCUCUGUUUAGUUCCUGUGUUUAUUUACAAACAACAGAGCUAUGUGUUGAAAUCGACCAGAAUUCUCCUUUAACGUCCCUGUUCAUUUUACAUACACUUUAGCAGCAAAACACUGAGGGAACAUAACUUUGUGUUUUCAUGUUGGUUUUGAGCAGUAUGCAUUUUUUAGUAUCCCAGUCCAGGACUAAGUUUGUGUUACUUGUGAUUUCCUAAACUUCCACUCUGGUCAUCUAGGCUUCAGAGGACCCUGAUGCAUACUUGAGCAAGCGACCCCUGUCUUGUCCAGUUUUACUCGUCUGUGAGGACAACUGCAUGAUCGCCAUUGGAAACACACCAGUGACAACCUUUGACACGAAGAAGGUGGAUGAAGGCCUGCUCUACCUCUUGGGGUAUUACUAUUGCCUGCAUCUCACUUAUCCAAAGUCCAUUUCCACCAUGCUCUCAGUAUUGCAAACUGAGGUUCUCCAGGACUCCCUGCAUGACCAAGAUUCAACUGCUUCCUACAAAAAAGCAAUUGCCGAGUGGAGGUCCUUCCUUGAGUGAGGAAUGUUUUUCAGUUUGAGAGAGUCAGACCCAUUCUAGCCACAUGUUUGUUGAUGUCAUUGUUGCUAAAAAAUAAAGAAAGAGAUGCUAAAAACAAGAUGCUUCUGGUGCCUUAAUUUGAGACGAAUUAGCUUGUUUUUAUUGUGCUGUUUUAAGAUAUUGUGUCAUGUUUUCAACUUUUUUGGCUAGUUAUUAACCUUAAUUCAAGGUAUUCAUUCCUAAAGUCAGCUAAAUUAAGAGAAUGAAAUGCUUAUUUUAGGAUUAUUUAUGCUAGUUAUUAAUCUUAUUUCAAGAUAUACAUUCUAAUUGUCAGCUCAAUUAAGAGAA